AGACAAGACUACCAUUUGCGUACUCACCACUCUACGGCGUCCUGCGUCCUGGGAUUAUUCUUCUACCCUUCAGUCGUUAUUUGAGUGAUCGAGUUCAGUAUCAUGGCCUUCCGCUGGAUUGUCAACGCAGGCCUCAUCGCCAUCCCCAUCGGAAGCACCCUCGGCGUCCUCUUCGGUAUCGACGCAUCGCGACACGCAGCAGGACAAGCCCCGUUAUUCAGUCCUCCCGACGACGGCACUGGUAGCGGUGGUAGUGGUAGUGGUAGUGGUAGCGGCGGUAGCGGUGGUAGCGGAGGAGGCAAUAUACCUCCCGAUAGUACUGGAGGUGGCCAUGGCGGAUCUCACUCAAACGAUACAGAGUUGGGAGUGACUGUGUCAACGUAUUGCAGUUUGACAUAUGGUAUUUUGCCGCCGGCGAAGGGGGGAUUAAAUUAUUCGCUGAAUCCGAAUCAAUGGGGUGUUUUGGCUCAGGAUGGUCCUGAUGCUCCAUCCGGCUUAUGCAUGAAUGUAACAACAUUCAACAACCAAACAUAUCCCACCAAAACCUCCGCCCCCGAGUGGACAGUUACAUGGAAAUACGAUAUGGGUCCAGAAACCCAACCCGUCCACGCAUACCCCAAUAUCCAAGUGUUGGACGGUCUACCCGUGACGUUAUCAGACGUCAAAGCCGUCAACUUCGACAUGGCAUGGAUAUACAACUUGGGAAACGAGACCAAACCAACUUCAGAUACACCCGAGUUCGACUCGAUCUCACUCAACACCAACGUCGCUAUCGAUAUGUUUUUUGACGGCAACGAAACGAAUGCAAGCAACAGCUCUCUAGCCGCGUACGAAAUCAUGGUCUGGUUUGCGCAUUACGGUAAUGCGGCGCAGGCUAUUGGUAACUCGUCUGGUAUCGUGGAGAGGAAAAUCAUCAAUCAAACUGAAUUCGACCUAUAUCACGGCUCACACAUUAUAGACGGCAAGACGCAAAACGUCUUUACAUGGGUGGCAUCAGAAAACAUAGAGUCGUUCUACGGCGAUAUAUCGCCACUAAUCACCGAGCUGACCAGCAAGACCGGCACCGAAUAUCCCAAGGAAAGCGAUUAUAUGGGAUCCUUUGGUUUUGGGACAGAGGCAUACUCCGCCAAUCAAUUCGUCACCUUCCAUGUUCCCAGACUUGAAGUAAAUAUUCAGACUUGA